GUCAACUUUGCAGCAUACCAUGUUGCAUUCAAUUCGCCCUGAUGUCUGCUGGGCAAACCCCUGCGAUCUUGUCUUGGGCCGAAGAAGUUGCGAGGAGCGUGCCCAAAACCCCGCCUGAUACCGAUCAGUUCGAAGAGCUGCUGGGCGACCAUCCAGCUCCAGCAUCUCAUUACAACCGAAAAAGGUCGGCGUCCGAAGCCGAGAAUCCGAUGUCGCAAUCAGACCCUUCCAAGAGACCCUACCGAACUGCUUCUGAAACAGCAUCCACAGUUUCCGUCCGUCUACCCGACGACAUUAUCUCUUUGGCCCCAUCAAGUUCGGCACUUAGUCGGGGUGCUGAACAAUCACGUUCACCGAGUCCAACACGUGUGAAGGCUGAACUAGCUGCCGCCACCCCCCGGGUGGUCUAUAUACAUGAAUCUGCCGACCCGCAAAGCCUCGCUGCGAGUCAGCUACUGGCAACUCUAACACACGAUUCUGAGUUCGGCGAGAAUGAAGACGUUGCUCGGAAGAUCUCAAAUGCUUCGUGCCAAUGUGCGACUGAACUGCGCAGUGAAGGUUCUUGGGUGCAUAAGGUAGCACUACCACUAUUAGAGGGCGCUAUUGCAGAACUACCGUUAGAAUGUUGGAGCGUCCAAACUGAGUCCGUUGAUCCCCAGUACCAGCCUCGGUAUACAGUCCGCGAUACAUAUAACCGCAAAAUUGACUUGGUUGUCGGUCUUCCCGUGAACGCCUGGGAAGUUGAAUACGAAAAGGCCGGACUCCAUACCCCGGGGAAAUAUUUCAAUCAUAUGACCCAUCCCCACACUGGGAAACGUGUUCUCGGCCCUGGCGUUGAAAUUCAAGCUGCGGAUGGGAAUUUGAUAGAAGCGCAAGUCCAAAUUGGGGUAUGGAUGACAGGACUUCUGAUGUGGGCUUUCGCACAGCGUAAGGGUCUGAAAGACCUGCCUCCACUUGUCGGUUGCACUGCUGUUGGUGAGGACUGGAAAUUCUACAUUGCAAUCGGAGUCGAAGGGCCUGGUAUCUUGAAAGAAGUACGCAUCUGGGGUCCUUUGUCUGACCUAGAUGGCCGUACCACAAGUUUGAAACAUACGAAGUCUCUUUUGAAAACUCUUCGAGGAGUCAUGGAGUACACAAUCGGGCAGUACAAGGAUUGGAUUUUCCAAGCAAUUACUUCCGAAGUUUGA